AUGCAAACAUUUCUAAGGAAUCUGUCCUUUAUCCAAGGACCUCCAUCAGCUGCCGUGGCAGCCAUAGUGGUGGCGGUGGCAGCACCGGCACGCACAGUGAGGAGAAUAAAGAGAGUUCUGUUAUGUGUGAAAAUGAAGAGCAAAGCUGAAAGAGUUUAUACUGGAACAGAAGGAGGCAGUGUGGAAAUCUUCUGUAAAUACCCUAAUGGAUAUCAAUAUACACCCAUGUACUUCUGCCGUGAUCCAUGCACCACUUCUGAAGUAUUAAUUACAUGUAAGAAAGUUGAUAUAGUCGUCACUAAGAAAAGAUACAGUGCGGUAAACACUGCUUCUGCACACACCUUCUCUGUCACCAUCAAACACCUCAAAUUAAAGGACUCCGGAGUUUAUUACUGUGGUGUGGAUACAUGGGGCUUCGACAAGUUGACUAAAGUAAAGCUUACCAUCAGUACAGCUGCAACUGUGUCUACACAAGUUCCACUGUCCAGGCAAAGUUUUAGAAUUUCCACGUUUUUCCAAUACCCUCACAGAGAUCUUUCCACAGCAGUUCCUACUGUGUCUACACUUGCACCAGAAACCAGGCAGAAUCAAAGCAUUUCUGUUACACAGUUUCCCCCUGCUACAACAGCGAUACCAGGUACCACAGGGCUACUACUUGUUUUUUGCGGAGGGAUGAUAACGCUGUGCUGUGUUCUUGCAGCUCUUGUGGUUAUCUACAGGAAAACAUCAACAGAUAUCACAUCUUUGAAAUUGGCAGCUCCUGGAAAUCAAGUUACACAUCUACCAACUGAUCAGGAGGACAUUGACCAUGUGUAUGAUGAGGUGUUAGCUGUGUAUAGUUUAGCUGGUCCUGCUAUUGAAGAUGAUUCUUCAGUCAUCUACAGCACCAUUCAGUUCCCUGCUACAGCAGACAGUGUCUGCAGUCCAUACUCCUUUGUAGCUCCUCACUAA